UCAAACUCAAACUCAAAACAAACCCAUUAAUCAUAUUCUUUAGCUUUCAUUUCCUCUCUCUUUUUCUAGCUACAACACAUAAUUAGACAAAUUCCUAAUUGCUAAACUCUCAAUUUUUCAAUGGAUCCAUUCCAUAUACCUGCUUAUGCAAACUUCAGCUGUGAACUAAGAAUAAUACAAGCCCGAAAUGUUGAAUCUGUCAAGUCCACGAAAAACUUGUUUGCAAGGUUGUAUCUUCCAACAGGAAACAACAAAAGAAUUCAACUAAACAGCAAAAGUGUUUCCACCAAAUCAGUACCCUUUUGGGAUGAGUCUUUUAAUCUGGAUUGUUCUUGCCCCCAAGAAUUCUUGGAAAACCUUAAUCAACAAAGCCUAGAGGUGGAGCUAAGGCAAAGGAAGAUGUGGGGGUCACAACUUAUUGGCAAAGGUGAGAUUCCAUGGAAAGUGAUUCUUGAAUCACAAAACAUGGAGCUAAAAAAAUGGUUGAAAAUGGAUUUGGUGAGUAGAAGUGAUUGCAAAGAGGCUAUGUUCCCAACACCAGAAGUGGAAGUGGAAAUUAAAAUAAGAGUGGCUUCGGUUGCUGAGAUGGAAAAGAAGAAUAAGAGAAGGUUGAAUAAUUGGAAUGAGUGUGGAUGCAAAAAUGGUCAUGAUCAUAAUGCUUGGUGCAGCGCCGAAGAUUGUGAUUUAUUUGCGCUUGGUGCAGCUUUAGAGGCUUUUUAAUUUUGAUGCAAGACUAUGUGAUGCAUAUAUGUACUAACAUCACUAAUUAGCUUAUCAUUUUAAUGGAUAUUCAAUUGAUAUUUUUUGACAAAAUUAUAAGGGUUCAUUCUA